AUGUAUCGUGAAUUUCUGGAAGUGCAAGGUGAGAUUGAGAGAACCGAUGAUUCAGACAAUCUUGAUGAUCAUCUCACAGAACGGGCUGACCUUGAAAUGCGAUACUGUGAAGCCAAAGGUUUUCUGCUGUCGGUUCGAAUGCCUGAUCCAAACCAGACGGUUUUGAAUACGUCAAUGAUCGCUCCUGCGCCGCAUCCAUCCAGCAGUUUUCAUUUAAGGCUGCCAAAGAUAGAUCUCCCUAAAUUCAACGGUGACUUUUCUCGAUGGUUAUCGUUCCGCGAUACGUUUAGCUCAAUGGUCCACAGCAAUGACGAUAUCCCUCAAGUGGCCAAGCUCCAGUAUCUCCUUCAGUCUCUCGUAGGUGAAGCAAGAAAACCGUUCGAAAGUGUCGAUAUCGAAGCUGACAAUUAUGCUUCUGUGUGGGAUGCUCUUUUGAAGAGAUAUGACAACCGUCGCUUCCUUAAAAAACAGCUUUUUCGAACCCUUCAUGAUCUACCACCGAUGAAGAAAGAAUCUGCUCAAGAAUUACACGAGCUCGUCGAUGAAUUUCAACGUCAUGUGAGAGCUCUCGCCAAACUGAACGAACCAAUUGAACAUUGGGAUACUCCACUCGUCAAUAUGCUGUCCUAUAAGCUCGAUCCAGCAACGCUCCGCGCAUGGGAGGAAAGGAGCAGUCAAGAUGAGGAAGUGAUCUUCGAUGACCUCGUCGACUUCCUAUAUCAGCGAGUACGAAUCUUGAAAUCCGUUGCGUCAGAUCUGUUACAACGUGCAGAGUCGGCUCAAGCAAUGGUGGCCGGCACCAGCGUCCCUCCGAAGAAAAGUUUUCAUUCACGAAUAGCAGCGAAUGCAGUUGCUUCCGAAGGCAAGUCAUCCGCUCCGUCUUGUCUUGCAUGUUCCGAGAGUCACUAUCUGUUCCAGUGUCCGGCCUUUGCCAAUAUGGCCAUCAACCAACGUCGUGAGUUAAUCUCCCAACGUAAGUUAUGUUGGAAUUGCUUCCGCACUGGUCAUGCGGCUAGAAGUUGCGGAUCAAAGUUCACAUGCCGCAUCUGUCGAGAUCGCCAUCAUACGUUGCUACACGAUUCCAACUCGUCAUCCAAAAGCUCUGUUACUCCAGCAGUGACGUCGACUCCUCCAGCCCAAAAAUCGAAUCCACCCACGUUGCCAAAUGUGGGAAAUGCAGGACCUGCCACUCCCCAAGUGAGUCUGCCGGUCCACUCCUAUUCCAGUACAGUCUUGUUGGAAACAGUUGCACUCCACGUCGUCGACGAUCAAGGGAAAAUCUUCGAAGCCAGAGCGUUAUUGGAUUCCGCCUCGAUGUCAAACUUCAUGUCGAAGAAACUUGCCAAUCUUCUUUCCAAUCGUCAAUCCAAGGUUGAUAUCGAUGUGGUAGGAAUCGGUCAGUCCAUGAGAAAACUGAAGCGGACUGUAACUGCCACCGUACGGUCUCGAAUUCCGCCGUUUUCUACGAAGCUCGAGUUUUUAGUCAUCGAUAAACCUACCACCGAUCUACCUACAAUGCCAGUGCCUACAUCAUCGUGGAAAUUUCCAGAUAUAAAUCUUGCCGAUCCGCAGUUUCACACUCCCAGCCAAGUGGACGUCGUUAUAGGCGGAGAAACAUACUGGGAACUCCAUACUGGCAAAAAGAUGUCCCUUGGACCAGGUCAACCACAAGUUAUCGAAACCCUGUUCGGUUGGACUGUAUCUGGUCCAGCACCGCACAAUUCAUCCACUGCUUCACCCAGAUGUUUUCUGACUGCCACUGACGACCGGCUCGAGGUCGUUCUUCAACGGUUUUGGGAAAUGGAAACAAUCGUCGAUCAACCUACCCAUUCAACUACAGAAAAACGAUGUGAGGAUUGGUACACAGCAACUACAAUUCGCGAUUCGUCCGGUCGUUACAAAGUUCGCCUGCCCAAGGUGGACGAUCCAGAAAUCGUUUUAGGCGAAUCUAGGGCUAUAGCAACACGAAGGUUACUUAGUCUUGAACGCCGAUUAGAGAGAGACACCAACGUGAAGUCAGCAUACCAUCUUUUCAUGGACGAAUAUGAGCGUCUUGGUCACAUGAAGCGACUGAACGAGCCAAUAGAUGACUGCAAGGAACAUUGCUAUUUGCCACAUCAUCCCGUCUUCAAACUUUCCAGCACUACAACGAAAACGAGGGUGGUGUUCGACGCGUCGUGCAAGACGACAUCGGGAUUCUCUUUGAACGACUGA